AUGGCGACCGAAAGUAAACCGCUACUGGAGCAAGUUAAAAAAGCCGCCCCAAAAAUCCUUGAAGCCAUUAUCGGCUGGACGAUCAUCACUUUCUACACGAUUCUUGUAUUUUUCCAGUUGCUAUGGAGCAGAAUUCGCGGUCACAAACUUUGCCAUCGGGAACUACAUCAGCGCCCGGAAAUCCUGGAUAAGGACUGGAAACAUCAUUAUAUUCAGCUGGCUACGGUUCGCCUGCACUACGUUCAAGCUGGCGAGGACGAUAAGCCGCUAAUGGUGUUGAUUCACGGCUUCCCGGAAUUCUGGUAUUCCUGGAGAUACCAGUUGGAACAUUUCCAAAAGGAUUAUCGGGUGGUUGCCAUUGAUCAGCGGGGAUACCACGAGUCUGAUCGCCCUAUGGGAGUCGCCGAAUACACCACCAAGAUCCUGGCUUCAGAUAUUGAGCAGCUGAUCAAGAAAUUAGGCUACAAAAACGCGGUGGUUGGAGGACAUGAUUGGGGAGCAAUGGUGGCUUGGCAUGUUGCUUUGAACCAUCCUCAAGUCGUCAAGAAGCUUAUCAUCUGCAACGUCCCCCAUCCCGGUGUGGCCACGCAUAAUAUGAGGACCAACUGGAAGCAGUUCUUGGCUUCUUGGUACAUCUUCUUCUUCCAAGUCCCGCUCUUCCCCGAAUUCCUCGUCUCCACUGAAGACUACAAAAUGAUGGAAGUUAUGAUGCGCGGUAAGAAAGGCGGACUCCGACUUCACCCGGAAAACUUUGGGCCUGAAGAAGUCGAGGCCUGGAAAUACGUGUUUUCGCAGCAAGGCGCUCUAACCGGUCCAAUCAACUAUUAUCGAGCUGCUCUACGAUAUCCAUCAAAAACAACGUUGAAUGAUAUUGUUAAGCCCCCAACUCUUGUCGUCUGGGGUACCGAUGAUCCGUUUUUAAUCAAGGAGGGCGCUGAACAAUCCAUUAGCUGCUGCCAGAACGGACGUGUCGCGUACGUGGAGGGUGCCUCUCACUGGGUGCAACAAGAUGAUCCCGUUGCCGUCAAUCGGCACAUUGAGGAAUUUUUGGCUGAGAAA